AUGGAAGAAUAUCCACUUUAUGGGGGAGCUAUCACUACUGUACUUCCGCAUGAUGUUAUUGACGUAUCGAAAAUCAGACAAAUCCCCGAUACUCAGGAAGUAUUUUUGAUACAAACCCCUAGUGAAGAUGCUAAUCUUGACAUUUCAAUAAUAAUUGAUUUACUAGAAAUGGUACCGGGAUGGAAGGAUGAAGCAAUCGGAGAGCAUUUAAAGGACUUGGUGGAACCACAAGAUAUUGAAUGGGGGCCCAAAUUAGUAUUUGAACAAGAAAACCUUGUAAGUUAUUUACUAAGUACCCAUAAAGAUACCCCCCAAGGUCAAUAUCAAAUCUUAAUGAGUGUUAAUAUAUUAAGGUUCUCUAAUAUAGAAACAGAUAUCUUGAUUACAAGUAAUAUCCCAUUGAAAACCCCGGUCAAGGAAAACGAAAAGAAUAGCUACGUAGAAGAACAAUUACAAUUAAUCAAGCUGGUAAGUGAAAACAUAAAAAUUAAAGAUUAUGGAUUAUUCGGUAUAUAA